AUGGAGGAUAUGCGAAAGGACAUGGGUGUGAGUAUAAGUUAUGUGAAGGCUUGGAGAGCUAGGGAACAUGCACUGGAGUUGGUUAGGGGAUCGCCAGAGGAAUCUUAUGCGAUGCUUCCAUCAUAUUGUGCUAUGUUAGAAGCCAAAAAUCCUGGUACGAUAACUCAUAUUGAAACUGACAGUAAUAAUCAUUUUAUGUAUUUUUUCAUGUCACUUGGACCUUGCAUCAGAGGAUUUCGCACUAUUAUCAGGGCAGUAAUUGCACUUGACGCAACAUUUUUAAAAGGUAAAUAUCAUGGGACAUUGUUUGUUGCCACAUGCAAGGACGGAAAUAACCAAACAUACCCUGUUGCAUUCGGAGUUGGAGAUUCAGAGAAUGAUGCAUCUUGGAAUUGGUUUUUGACAAAAUUACGAGGAGCUAUUAGGGAUAUUAAUGACUUAGUUUUCAUUUCUGAUAGACAUGAAAACAUUCGUAAGGCUAUCUCCACUAUAUUUCCGGAUGCUCAUCAUGGGGCAUGCAUAUUCCAUAUAAGUCAGAAUCUUAAGAACCAUUUUAAGCAUGAGAGAGCGCAUUCACUGUAUUUUAGAGCUACUAAAGCAUAUCUUGUUCAUGAAUUUGAUCGUCUUAUGGUGCAAAUAUUUAAUGUUGAUUCCAAAGUGGGUGAUUAUCUUAAUGUGGCUGGAUAUGAAAAGUGGGCUCGUGCACACUUCAAUGGGAAGCGGUACAACCUAAUGACAACAAAUAUUGCUGAAUGUCUCAACUCAAUCACCAGAGAUGCUCGUAAACUACGUAUUACCAAUUUUAUGGAGUAUUUAAGAAUGAAUAUACUUCAAAAGUGGUUCCAUGACCGUCGAACUGAGGCAGCCAAAAUGGAUUCACAUUUGACAGAGUGGGCAUAA